UAUUGUCUAUACACGUAACGGAGCGCGGUACACUUACAAACCGCGUUCCGUGGUGGUUCACAACGUAGUGUUUACUGUUUUAUCGUUAGAAUAAUCUACCAGGCUGUGGGCCAACGUGCAAACCAUGGGCUCGAAGAAGCAUAAAAAGCACAAGCGCGAAAGGCACGAAGAAGGGCACUAUACAACCACGGAUAAACCCCGUACCUUGAAGUUAAUUUUAAAGGUAGGGGGUACCAGUGGGACACCUGAAUACGGCAACGAAUCUCCGAGUCAGGCGACAAUGUUGUCCCAACAGUUGGGGGUCUACCAACAACAGUUGGGUCUCAACUGUUCUGUAACACAGGAAUCUGAAUACGAUAGGUAUUUGGGGCACAAAAAGCUCAAGAAGAAAAAGAAAAAGAAGGACAAACGGCACAAGCAUCAUCAUAAAGACAAGAAGAGGAGAAGAGAGGAAUCCAGUCAAGAAUCGGUGGGAGAUGCUGAUGAAAGUUUAGUUGAAGUCCCCAAAAAGAUUCCUAAUCACCAGUUGUUACCUCCAAGACCACCGUCUAGUGGAGAACACAGAGUUGGUGUUACUAGCCAUAUUAGCUCGCUCUCUCCGCAUCGUGAACCUAGAACUUGCGUACUUCGAAAAAUUGCCGAGCGUACACCACUUCAGCGAUUAUUAGAACACCUUCUCAGGUCAAUGGAGAAGCGUGAUCCGCAGCAAUUUUUUGCCUGGCCAGUCACAGAUAGCAUUGCACCUGGAUACUCUCAGAUCAUCACAAAUCCUAUGGAUUUCAGUACCAUAAAGCAGAAGAUAGACGAUAAUAGUUAUCAGAAUUUAAACGAAUUCAUAGACGACUUCAAAUUGAUGUGUGAUAACGCUACGACGUACAACCAAUCGGAUACCAUUUACUACAAAGCAGCAAAGAAAUUAUUGCAUGUUGGCCUAAAGAUGGUUACACCAGAAAAACUUCGCCAGUUGAGACCUGUUUUAACCUACAUGCAGGAUAUAUCAAAGGAAGAGCUUGGAUUUGAAUUAGGCACAGAAGAUCCUAACAAUCCAGACGUUCCGGUAACAGAGGAGCAGAUUGAACGAGAACGAGAACAGGAGGAACGUAACGAGGAGGCUGAGGAGCUCAGAAAGGAGAACCAGAGAAAAAUGAGAUUAGCUAACUUGGGCAAAUUCGAAGCUAUUCCUGACGACAUGACGCCGGAGGAAAUAUUGAAACAAGCUCGAGGAGCUGCGAAAGCAGCGUCAGAAAAAUUAACCCUGAAAAGAUUGACCUCGAAGAUGGGUUUCCUCAGGCAAAAGAAGGACGGAACUACCAGUCUACAAAUCAUAGUACCGGGAGACGGAGUGAUUCCGGGAACAAAUCAAAGACCGGUAUCGUUAGGUCAGCUUAUAGGUAAAUUGAAUCACGGCACAGGUGUGCUGGCAGGAUUCCGCGAAGAUAGGAGAAACAUGUCGAAACCGGUAAAACCUUUAUACUACGGUGCCUUCGGCUCUUACGCGCCAAGUUACGACUCCACGUUCGCCAAUCUCACGAAGGAAGAGACAGAUCUGGUGUAUCAAACCUACGGUGACGAGACGGCUGUACAAUAUGCAGAAUCGAUUUUAGACUUUGCUAAAGACUGUGAUUAUACGUUAACUAUGGUCGACGAUCUGUUGGAUAUCCUAACGGGAGGGGAUCACAGAAAGACUAAGAAGUUCCUUGAGGAAAAACGAAGACUCAAAGAGGAGGAGGAGAAGAUCAAGCAUUUACUAGAGAAACCUAUGCAAGAUGUGAAUCGCAACAUCUCACUGUUAGAUAGCAUUAAAGUUGAUAUCGAUCAGCUGAAGACUCUAGCUGAGUUAGGAAUUGACAUUAAUUUCUUGGAAAAAUUAGAGGUGGAAUUGAAGCUCACCGAGGAACGCGCAGCCUUGCAAACUAGAUUGGAUGAUACGUCGCAGAUGUUGGGUCGUUUGAAGCAAGUGCAGCACGAGCGACUCUCAGCACCGCCGCCAGCUCACUUGUCGAAUGUUCCUAAACCGUCUGAGAACGAAGUGGCGAUAGCCGACAAAAUCACGGACAAUUUAACCGAGAUAGCGAAGAAACUCCCUCCCUCUGCUAUCGCUCCUGUCGACGGUUUACGAAGAGCCAUGGGGAUCGCGCCACUUGGUGGACCAGAGCCUAUGGAGGUGGAGCCUAUCACUCAUAAUCCAACGAUAGUCGCCGAGAACAAUCUGUUGUCUCAAACUAGCAACAAUCCGGUCCCUUCGAACAUAUUGUCCGCGCCAUCACCGAUACAGAACACAAAUCUGCUCAGUCCUACUAGCCAACAAAACCAAUCGAUCAGUAUUGUGAACACAAAUCAACCGCCUAUACAGAUACAGAUAGGCAUGACGCACAGUCAGACACCUCCGUCUCUAUUGGGUACAACAGAGACGUCUGCGGUUCCUGAUCUGGAAACCGAGCUGCGUGAAUUUUUAGAAAGAAUCCUCAAGGGAGCCACGAGUCCUAAAGACAUAGGAGUGCCGAGGAAAUCUGGCAAGGCUUCCGGAAGUCCUGAAGAUGUACAUGCAGGUAUUUUUCGUCCUUGGACACUUGGAUUCUUGAAAUGUUGGAUACUUGGGCCUUUGGACUCUUUGAUCUUUGGAUUCUUGGACUCCUUUCUUGAUUGGGUCCUCGAAUCUUUGGACGUGGACGUGGAAGUCCUGGACGUGGAUCCUUGGACCUUCGGACUCUGGACCCUGGGAUCUUUGGACUCUGGAUCCUGGGAUCUUUGGACUCUGGAUCCUGGGAUCUUUGGACUCUGGAUUCUGCGAUCUUUGGACUCUGGAUUCUGCGAUCUUUGGACUCUGGAUUCUGCGACUUUUGGACUCUGGAUCCUGGGAUCUUUGGACUCUGGAUCCUGGGAUCUUUGGACUCUGGAUCCUGGGAUCUUUGGAUUCUGGGAUCUAUGGACUCUGGAUCCUGGGAUCUUUAGACUCUGGAUUCUGGACUUGAAUCCUUGGAUCUUUGGACUCUAG